UGCAGCAAAUUUAAGUGUUUAAAAAACUAUCAGUAUUUAGAAUCCACUUCUGUAUUUAUAUAUGUUUUAUGGUUUUAAGAUGGUAGGUUUAAUCUUAUUUGUAAAAUUACUUUUAAAAGACUUAUGGAACACAAUAUACUAAACAAAAUUUAGAACAAUAACAUCAGUAUUUUACAACAAAUGUGUGUAGCAUUAUAUUUUAUUUUGGUUAACUACUCUCUUAGACAUAGUAUGACUCUUUGAGCCUUUAGAUAAAUGUCCUUAUUAGUAUUUAAAUAAACAUAUAAGGGAAUUACUUACCUGUAUAUGAAGAUAUUUUAUGAGCCUCUGUUUGUAAAUGUAGAUGUUUAUCGUACGAAAAAGUUUAUGCAAUGAUUGUUUUAUGAAUGAAACCUUUUAGUAGCGACAAUGUAGUAAUAAACACCAGGUGCAGUGCCGGUAGAGUAAGUGUGCAUGGUGAAGGUUGGUGGACAGAGAGAGAGGGAGAGAGUGAGUGAGGGAGAGCGGAGUACACCGCACAUCGAUCCCACUGCCAGUGCUGCCGCGCCCGCGUCCCGCCCGCAGUCAGCAGUGGCCGCGCGUGCAGACCGCACGUCCUCGCGACACGCGAGUGUGGUCCUUGUGUCGACAGCGGUACGGCCCACAGUCGCUCGCCGCUCGCCACGUCCUCCACCUGUUGUGUCGGAGUACCGCGGAGUGAUCAGUGUCGCAGUAGUUGUAGUGUUCUGUGUGCUGAUAGCGAGUACGUUAGUUGUUACCGCUCAAGGGUACAUUGCUCUCUCUUCAGUGUUAAAAUGUUCACUUAAAGUAGAGAAGUGGAGCACAGUAGAAGUGAAGUGAAGUGAAGUGAUGGGCUAGUAGGACGCGGUUAAGAUGGGCGAGAGUG